AUGUUUUCGGCAGUCUCGAAAACAAAAGAGGCCAUUUUGUCCCUGGUGAAAGCCCAGAAACCUUUCUUUCAGGUAAGGCUAGCACAUAAAAAAGCAGGUGGUUCGAAAACGUACAUGAAGGACUCUAUUGGUCGUAGAUUGGGACCAAAGAAGCAUGAAGGUGAAGAAGUUCGUAUUGGCCAAAUCAUAAUGAGACAAAGGGGAACAAGGUGGUAUCCAGGUUCGAAUGUUGGAAUAGGUAAGGAUCAUACACUCUUUGCUCUAGAGCCGGGAUAUGUUAGAUACUAUUUGGAUCCAUUCCACCCGAAAAGGAAGUUUAUUGGUGUUGCGUUGAAGAAGGAUGAUUCAUUGCCUUACCCACACUUCGAUCCAACCCCGCGGAGAUUAGGGAGAAGUGUGAUCGAAAACGAACAGGCUGCAAAAAAAGAGGAAGAAUGGAUGUGCAGGAAGGAAUCGCUCACAUUGCCAGGAAUAUUGAAGGCAGAGGCCUCAAGAGAUGAGAGGAGGGCCAAGAAGGUGGCUGAAUUCGAGAAGAAACUCCCUGAAUUCAUCCCUGAAAUUAAGAAUGAUGCCGCGAAACUCUCUCUCGCUGCAAAGAGGAUGUGCUCUAUCGAUAGGUUUCUUAGAGGGGGCAAAAGCCUUGAAGAUGCGAGAUUUUACACAACUUACAACUAUGAAUAUGAUCUGAGACUCCAGCGGGAUGCCAGAAAAGAAGUGAGUCCCGAGAAAUAUGCCGAAUUAAAAACGCAGUACGAGGAAUUGGCCAAGCUUGUGGAUUCCAAAGUGAUGUUGGAUCCAGGAUACAAGUUGGUGGUGAACUCGACUCCCGAGCAGAUUGAGCUCAAGAAAAAAGACGAUAUUGCACAGUUGAAGAAGCUAAUACCAGAUGUUACGAGUCCAGUAAACAAGAAAGUCGCAAAAGAGGCCCUGGCUCUUAUUGAUGACUUCUGCUUCAGUCUAUCAGAGAGAGUUCAUCUAAAGAGACAAUUCCUCAAGCCGACCCUUCCAGAAAAGCCGGAGUUGAUGGGAAAUAAGGACACGAAGCAUGCUACUGCUAUCAACAGGAUGAAUUACGAAACCCGCCGUGUUGAAACAAUCUACAGGACAAAGAACUCGUUCUUGCCUUAA